AAAAAAUCACCAUGAGCGACACUUCCUUGGCCCAUUUCAAUCUCAAUGAUUGGCUGCACGAGAAUCCAUACACAAAUGGCACACUCGCGGAGGAACUCCAAUGCUAUGGACUUCCUUAUGGUGGAAUUGGAUUUGCUUCCCAUGUCUUGACGUAUUACACGAUCAUUAUGCUCUCACAUCAACGAAGUCCUUUGAUGCCGUGGAAAAGGAAUCAUCACAAAUGGAUCGACAUCACUCUCACUAUCUUCGGUCUCGUCGCAUCCAUUAUCCUUGCCGUCCUUACAAUCCUCCGUUGUCGAAAUCGAUGGCAAUUUGUUGCAAUGGCGACGUGGAAGUUGGUCCUAAGUGUGACAUUUGGCAUUCUGAGUUUCCAUGCUGCGAUGAUGGUUCGACCGAAGGAGAAAUAUCAGUACAGUGGAUUGGGACAUUUGGAGAGCACUGCGAAUGCUAUUGAGAAUAAGGAAUAUACGAAGGUCCUUUGGUGGUUGCUGCUAUAUGUCCCGGGUGUCGUUGCUGGGCUUUCAGGGUUGUUGUCGUUGGUUUUCAAGGAAAUCGGACAUAACGCCCAUGUUAAAAUUAUUACUGAGGUCUUUGGAACUGUGAUUGCUUUCUCGGCAGUCUUGAUGCUUAUUUUUGGUAUCAUCGGGAUGUGUUCGCAGGGUUCUGGGAGUCGGAAAAAGGAGGCGAACAACUCGUCCAUGGAGAGUCUGGGAAAGAGUACUGUGGCCAUUGGGGUUAUGGUGUUUCUAGUUGCAGGCAGUGCGACGAGUGUAUUGGCUGCGUUGUAUAGCGAUUGGAUUUUAGGUGCAAUUGCUGGGAAUUUGGUUGGAUUGCCUAGUGGAGAUGUUAGGCUGUUGUAUUGGGGAUAUAUUGUGGCAAAGAGAUUGCCGUUCCUCAGUUUUUAAGGUAGUUCGGCGGAGUUGGGAGUUUAGAGUUUAAGAGCCUUCGAACUUCAGCUAUCCUUUGACGUUCACUUUUAUUGGAGGUUGUAGGUUCCAGGAGAGGAGACGCCCACUUUUAGAACAAUGGAAGAAAUAUCCUCCUAGAUUAUGGUCCCCGUAUCUGUUAGGAUGGUAAAGUGGU